GGGCCGGUCACUCCUCGCGACGAACCGCGACCUUGUCUUUCUCCAUACAACGACUACUAAUCAGUGACCGUUCUUCUUAUUGUCAACAUUUGUCGCGAUGCCGAACAAGGUCGUCACGACACCAUACCCGCUCAUCGACGCUGACCCGCACGCUUUCCGUGUCGUGCGUUAUUUCCGUUCCUCAGACUAUGCAACUUGGGCUGCAGGAACAGCCGCAUUCCCGGGUGCAUUGUACUUCUGGAAUAUGGCUGACCCCGCGAAGGUUCGUCUGCGGACCAGCCUUCGGCUCGGAGGCUUCCUUGGCUUCGUCGGCGGGUUCUUGCUAGCAUACCAACGCUCAAGUUUCCGUUUCUGGGGUUGGUCAGAGAACAAACGAGAGGAGGACAUGGACGUGGCUGAGCUCUCCCAAAGGGCAGCCGAGGGUAAGCCUUUGUAUGGUACAUCAAGCCAGCCAGAGUGGGUGCAGGGCACUGCAUACCGGAAUUCUGCGUGGUCUCAGUUGAAAUUCCACGCAUUCCCCAUGUUCAACUUUGUGAAUCAUCAACAUCAUGGUACCGACCCCGCAAAAUAUGGUGUGAAGGAAAAGGAACUCUCGGAUUAGAUAUCGAUACGCCUUCCUGCUGGAUGUACCCGAACCUGCUUUGGCGCUAGAAUAUAGUGACCCCAUCGUAAUCAAAGCACGGUCUCAGUCUAUUAUUCGGUCACAAGUUUCUGGUUGUCACGACACAUCAAUUUCCUGGAGCAUCGCCGACCACUCUCAUUGCGUCUCCUACAAUGUGCUGCAGUGCUGUGGUGCAGUUUGAACCCGAGGUGCAUAUGUCGUGGUCUA